AAAAGACUGACGCAUGACGAGAGGGGAGGUCAUCAUCUCCAACUUGCUCUGUCCUUGUCCUUGUUUCUCUGGCUGUCUCGUUUGCUCUCUGGUCCAAUUUGAACAUGGCCCUUCCUUCCAGAAGUCUGUUCUCCCUCCCCAAAGCAGUCCCCUCCUCAGCGUCCACCUUUACACGCAAACUGCACUCAUCCUCCGCCAACAUGGCCAACCUGGCAGCCUUCAAGAUUCCUCACAUUAGCAACGAGCCAAACAAACACUAUGCAAAGGACUCGCCUGAUCGAGCCGGCCUUGCUGCCGCCGUCGCUGCAUUGCAGCAAAAGGCACCCUUGAACAUCCCCCUCGUCAUCUCCGGCAAACCCAUCACAACCUCCUCCAUCCUCACCCAGAAUAACCCCUCCUCCCAUGCUACCACCCUCGCCAGCUACUCAAAUGCAUCCUCAGAUCACGUCGCCAAAGCCAUUGACGGUGCUCUUGCCGCCAAACCCGCUUGGGAAUCCCUCCCCUUUGCCGACCGAGCUGCCGUCUUCCUCAAGGCUGCCGACUUGAUAAGCACAAAAUACCGAUAUGAGAUCAUGGCCGCAACCAUGCUAGGUCAAGGCAAGAACGCAUGGCAGGCCGAGAUUGACGCCGCCGCCGAGCUGGUCGAUUUCUUGAGAUUCAACGUCAGAUACGCCGAGGAACUCUACGCUCAACAGCCCCCCUUCAACUCUCCAGGCGUUUGGAACAGAGUCGAGUACAGGCCAUUGGAGGGCUUCGUCUACGCCGUCUCUCCAUUCAACUUCACCGCCAUCGGCGGAAAUCUCCCUGGCGCCCCCGCUCUGAUGGGUAAUGUUGUCCUCUGGAAGCCAAGUCCUUCGGCCAUUGCGUCCAACUACUUGGUUCAUCAGAUUUUGUUGGAGGCCGGUCUUCCUGCUGGCGUCAUUCAGUUUGUGCCGGGCGAUGCUGAGGAAGUCACCAAGGUUGUCUUGAACCACAAACAGUUCGCCGCUUUACACUAUACCGGAUCCACCGCCGUCUUCCGCAAACUAUACGCACAGAUUGGCCAGGGUAUCGGCGAAGGCAGAUACAAGGGCUACCCUAGAAUCGUUGGCGAAACAGGUGGCAAGAAUUUCCACCUGAUUCAUAACAGUGCUGACCUCGACAAUGCCGUCGCCCAAACCAUCCGCGGUGCCUUUGAGUAUCAGGGACAAAAAUGCAGUGCCACUUCUCGAGCCUACGUUCCCGCCUCGGUCUGGUCAGACUUCAAGGCCAAGAUCAAGGCGGAAACGGAGAAACUCAAGGUCGGAUCUCCAGAAGACUUUGGCAAUUUCAUCGGCCCCGUCAUCCACGAGGCCAGUUUUAAGAAGCUGUCGGGUGUUAUCGACGCGGCAAAGAACGACAAGGAACUCGAAUUGAUCACUGGCGGCAAGUACGAUGAUUCUACGGGAUUUUUCAUACAUCCUACAAUAUAUGCCACCUCGAACCCUGCCCACAAGAAUUUGAGCACCGAGUUCUUUGGACCAAUCUUGACCAUCUAUGUCUAUGAUGAUUCAGCAGUAGAUGGGUUUGAAAAGGCCUGCAAGCUGGUGGACAGCACCAGCGACUAUGGUCUUACCGGAGCAGUAUUUGCUCAAGACCGAGCGGCCAUUCGAUAUGCCGAAGAAGCCUUGCGAAAUGCUGCUGGAAACUACUACAUCAAUUGCAAGAGCACCGGUGCUGUCGUUGGCCAACAACCAUUUGGAGGUGCCAGAGCGUCAGGAACAAACGACAAGGCAGGAUCCGCAUCCAUUCUAUCACGAUUUGUCAGCAUGAGGUCGCUGAAAGAGGAGACGCUGGCCAUCUCGGGUGUUGAGUACCCUUCGAACCAAGUUUAGAUGUCGAGCAGGCACUGUUCAUGUAUGAUGUUUCACGGCGUCAUGUUGAUGGGAUGGUACGAGGAAUGAUUCCGCGUCUGCAUCAGACACCCAAAAGUCGAGGCUUCUUCUAAAGGCGUAAUCACACCAUUUCCCCAGGAAUUGUAACCUAGCAUUGAGAAUCCUUGGGAAACACCAAGCCGAUGCAAGGGUAUCUAUACAUAGGUACGGAGUAUGGUAUGACCUGAUGUAAUAGACCAUUGCUAUUGAUGUUCA